AUGUUAUUAUCUUUAUCUGCUGGAUAUAAAUUUAGUUUUGGUGAUAAAAACAAUUUUCUUUGAAUUUUUUUCAGCUUGUUUUUGCGAAAAAAUCACCAUGAUUUUUUUUUCCAUCUUUUGUUUUCUUAUAAGGUUUUUGCACUGCAUUUUUUUCUACCAAAAAAUGCCAAAUGGUUUUAUAUUCUUUUAUAUCAAAAAAAAAGAGAUGGAAAAAACCACUGUAAUUUUUCCCCGCCUUACCCUUACAAGAAGCUAUUGCUCUAUCUGUCUAUCACAAUGGACUGAGAAAAAAAGUUUGGCCACCCUAGAACUGAAAAACCCAUCCUGACCUUCGAUCAAAAUGCGAUUCCAAACACUCCGGGCUAA